AUGCUAGCUGCGUGGGUUUCCGGUGAUAUAACCAGCACACAAAUUCUGUGCCUGCAGUGCUUGGAGGGUCUGCGUUACAAUCCGGCGUUUCCGCAUUUGGCAGCGUGUCUUUAUUUUGUAAGUUAUUCCCAGCAUGGAAAUAUCUGGUUCAAUGCCAGCGAUGUGCUGGACUGUCUACAGGACAAGUGCGAUGCCAAAGCCCUGCGAAUCAGUAUCCCCUGGCGAAUGUUGGAGUCUUUUAAUGGAACCUCAAAAAGUGAGUCCCUCUUCCACAUACCUAACACUUGUAAUGUGUUCCACACCUCUCCUCGGAAUGUUGUAGUGAACAUUCCGAAAGUUCCAUCCCCUCGCGUCGUAGUGACCUUCCUGUCUGCCGGCACAUUUCCCCUGCUAAUUGCUCUGUCACCCAUUUCUUCCCCGUUCACAGCUGUCCGCCCUUGCGCCUCCUUCGCAAACCUAAUUUGGCUCGACCCACACACCGCGUGCCAGGGCGCUUGUUUGCGCUCUGAAUGGACCCUGUUCGCGUCCACACUGCGGCGGUUCCUCUGUCGGGGUGAGGCGGCAGUCAAGUCGCGGGUGCCGGUUUGUUGGCCUGCCACCCACAACGCGCCUCGAUUCACGGUGUGGAGUAGCCUAGGCUUUUUUGAGCUGGCCAACACCUCGAAAGACCACCCACGCUCGCCUUCACCCCCUCCUCCUCCUCCCUACCUCCCUAAAUGCAACGGACAAUCUGAGGCCGCGAGCGACGCGGACGAGAGUCCCUGUCUCAACGGUGGCGAGUGCAACGGCGUGCUGAAGAAGGACGAGGUGACGAGUUGUCAGGACGAAUACCUUGCGUCCCCUGCGUGGUACCACCCGUACGAUUGCCUCACUCCGGAAAACUACGAAACCCUCGCCUUGUUCUGCCUGGAAAUGGGACACGGGUUUUCAGUGCAGCAUAGGGAGGUCGCGCCCCCCUUGACGCUCUUCCCGAGCGAAUGCAUCCAUCGCCAGCCAUCCAAGCACUUCAGGAUAACUGAAGCCACUAGCCAAGGCGAUACGCCUGCUCUAUUCGCGUCUUGUCCUAGCCCCACUGAACCAAUCACGUGUUUUUUUCCGUUUCUAUCCAACUACUCCCUCUCUCUGUCUAGACGAGAACUGGGCCUGGCUUUCGCUGUGAAGGCCCACCAGGAAUCGCGAAGCAGGGAAUCCCCAGAUCUGAUCGAAAAUUGUACCACCACCACCUCGUCCUCCUCAUCACCAUCACCCUCCCAGCUGCCGUGCCUCAGUUUGCGUCUCCUACGCAACCUCGACCCUUCUCUGCUCCCUGACUUUCCCUCAGAAGACGACGACAGCGAUCCCACCGGAGACUCCAGUCUGAGUAGCAAUGACAUUGGUGCACCCUUCGAUGUCAGUUUCAUGGGCUGCAACAACGACGACGAAGAAGAAGGCGAAGAGGCUGCAGCAUCAGCGCCAGACUGGGAGAAUGGUCACACACCCCUCCACGAGCCCUCUCCUUCUACAACACCCACGUGCGAGUCCCCGUGUCCAGGGGUUCGCAUGCGCGUAUACGGAUCGAUACUCAAGACCCCCACCUCACCUGACUGUGAAAGAUUGUACUCGGAAAAGGUCAGCCCCAAUGGUGCUAUCAACUCGACGCGGGUGGAGAAGCACGUCCGGUUUUCCCUGUCCGCCUCCCACCCUCCUCCCGACCUCGAAGCCGAGUACGGCGGCCGCAGCAACAGCCGUCGCAUCCAGGACAUGGCGCGGCGCCGCGGCAACUACGCCGAUCAUUCAUACGACAGCCUCAACGCCGCCGGCGCGAUGGAUCGUUUCGUGGGGGUGUUCUGGCCCAACCUGCGCCGACGCUCCCUGGCCAAGAGGCUGCUCGACUUGGCCACCUUCAUGGUCUUCUUGUCCGUCAUCCUGGCCUUCUCUCUGCUCUUCCUGUCGCUAGUCAUCUGCAUACCUUUGGCGUGGUUGACCUCCGCGGACUCGGCUGCCGGCGCUUGCACUGUCACCGACAUGGCCCUCCCACUCCUCCUUACCCCUGCUGCGCCACCCACGUGUGUCCCGGUACCCCCUACACUUCAACAUGCCUUUAAUGUGUUGUAUCAACGCAUGUUUAAGCAUUCCUACGUGUGGUCGCUUCUGGGUGGUGGUGCGUCUGCUGGGCUAAAACUCUCUGCUAGCGGUUGGUCACUCGCUCUCCGUUCGUCGUCUCAGUCGUGGCACGUCAUUGGAUGA